AUGUACGGCCGCCCAGCCCGUCGCCUGCUGCAGGCGCAGCAGCGACACUACGUCAAGAGCGUACGGACAAGUGGUGUCAAGGACCAGCAGAGUGCCAAGACCAUCAAGCGCCAUGGUGGCGUCCCCCCGCCACCGCCUUCUCAAGGUCCCCCGAAGCCCGUGAGCUCGACAACCACGGCCACACCGGCUGCGGCGCCUCCUUCUGCAACCACUGUCAAGGUCGAACAAGCUUCCAAAGCCGGGGCGCCCCAUGUCAUCAAGCCUGCGGUCAAUGAAGUGCCCAAGAUCCCGGUUCAAGGACAGGUACCGCCCCCCGUUCCUCCACCGAGCAACAAAGCCGGUUUUGGCCGUGCCUUUGGAUUGACCCUGUUGGCCGCGACCACGGCUGCUGGUGGCAGCCUGGCUUAUGCUGCCCGUAACGAUGAGUUUCGUGAGAAGCUUGAGGCCACCGUUCCGGCUUCCAAGGCAGUGCUAUCUUUCCUAGCCGAUGCAGAUGCUCAAACCGCGCCAGAUUCGGUCGUGGCCCCACCCCUGCCCCCUCCCGUGCGCCGUCGCAUCGUGGAGAUGCCCGACAAUACCCCGGCUUCCAGCAAUGAGGUGCCUGUGGUACCCGAGGUGGCUGUGGUACCAGCGCAAACGGAGGCACCCGAGGUACCUGAAUUGUCGGAAGUGCCUGCGGAACACACCAACAGCUCGUCUGUGACCGCCCCAGCUGACCUUGUGGAAGAUGAGGCUCGUGGGGACGCUACUGGCGGCGAGGCUCCCGAGGCUACCGAUGCCACCGCCUUUCCUGCCAUUUCCGUCCCCUUUUUGCCUGUCGAGGCCGAAGAGGAGCGUGAUGUCGAGGCGGAACGGGCUGCACACUGCGAGCCUGGUCUCGAGGAGACGGAAGGUGAUGCCAGCUCGCUGGCUCAAGACUCUUCGGUGGCCGAAGCAGCAGCCGAUGAAGUCGUCGAGCCGCUUGGGCCCAUCGGCAGCUCUGUGGCUCUCGAUCAGGUUGUGGACUCGGUUCUCGAAGCCGGUGCGAGCCCAGCCCUGAAUCUUGAGGCGGAAGCUGUUGCUGAGGCAACGCGUGCCGAAGCCGAUGCCGAGCCAACUACCAAUCUUGCACCCAUUAACACGCUGGAAGAAGCCCUUGCCCGCGUACAGGAGCUAGAGGCAGCUCUUGCACGCCAAGACACCGAUGCGCGCGUGCAUGUGCACGACCUCUUGGUGCAACAGGCCAAGCGUCACGAAGAUGCCUUCACUAACCAGCUUCAGGAGCAGCAAGAGCAGCAGCGUCAAAAUCUGCUGCGUGUUGCACAAGAGCUCAAAGCACAAUUUGUGGCUGAGCAGCAGGAACGCGAGGCCAACUUGCGCCGAGAGAAGCAGCUCGAGGUUCAACAACACCUACAGGUUCAGGCCGACGCGUACAAGGAAGACCUGGCCCGACAAUUGAACCAGCAGGCAGCCGACAUUUGGGCCGCCAGCGAAGCCAGUCUUCGUACUCAGCUUGGCCAGGAGCGCACGGCCCGACUUCAGCGCAUUGAGGAGAUGUUUGUUCAACUCAAGGCAGCCGAGCGCGUACUGCUCGAGUACCGUCAACGUGAGCGCCUCAUCAAUCAGAUGCAGGCCGUGCUGCUGGCCACAGACGUAAUGCAGACUGCCUUCAGUGACCGCACUUCUCUCAUCCAGGAGUUGCAACAUCUGAAGGCGUUGGGCCGCGAUGAUACCUUUAUUGCUGCCGUCGUGCAUUCCCUACCCCGAGAUGCUCUUCAGCGAGGCGUGCCUUCGGCACACGACAUUUAUGCCAACUUUGAUCAAGUCAAGGCUGCUGUCCGCAAGGUGGCUUAUGUGUCACCAGAGGGCGGAUUCUGGUCCAUUGUGGCUAGUCACGUCAUCAGUGCCCUGACGUUCGAAACACGAGGACUGGUUGCGGGACAAGACGUCAACUCCAUCUUGGCCCGUGCCCAAUACUAUCUUGAAUCCGAUGAUCUGGACCAGGCGGCACGAGAAAUGAACCAACUGACCGGCUUGGCCAAGCAGAUGGCUUACGACUGGCUGCAGGACGCACGUCAGCACCUGGCUGUGGCGCAGAGCCUCAAGCUUGUCAACGCACACCUGAGCAAUGUUGCCGUGGCCUUGCUUGAUACGGCCAAGCAUUAGGGCUUGUUUUUUUCGUUUCUUGUUCUUCUUGUGACAAGGUCAAGUAUUAGGGGUUUUUCGCGACCCACAGAUCGGCGUCUUUCCUCGUUUUUCUUCUUCUUCUUUUUUUUUUUUUUCUCUCCAAACAAUUCUGCACCAAUACCCAAGCCCAAGACCUACCUCUCACGUGCGUGCUCUUGAGCAGGGCGGGUGCCAUCAAGAACAAUUCUACUUUUGAAAUCUG